CUCUUCUGUGGGAGAAAUGGCGAGAGAAAUUUUUGCACUUAUCUUCCUCCUGACAGUGGGGAAUUUAGCCUACUGUCAGGAAUGGGAGAAUCUUCUCUUCAUCAAGAUGGUAGAAAUGCUGGAGAAGCAAGAAGCAGCCUUGAGCCAGCUGAAGGGAAUGCAGGAGAAACAGGAACAGGUCGAAGGCAAACUUCAAGAAAUCCAGGAGAAACAGGAACACGUCGAAGGCAAACUUCAAGAAAUGCAGGAGAAACUUCAAAACGUCGAAAUUAACCUUCAAGUGAUCCAUCAGGAAACCAAAGGCUGCCUUGGAAGGGAGGACUUGGAGCACUUCAAGAACAUAUCAUCAGCAGGACAAGAACUGGAAUCCUCCCUUCGCCAGGGAAUGUCUAGAGUCAUCUCUUUGUUGGAGACUGGAGGAAUAGACAUCGACGAGUGCACCCAAGGGAAGGAUAACUGUAGCCCCCUGGCAACAUGCAAGAACUCCGUUGGGAGUUACAACUGCUUCUGCAACCCACCUUUCGAGGGAGAUGGACGAACCUGUGAGUUCCCAUGCAAAAGCCCGGCAAAGGUCUUCGAGGGUCUGUGAUGCGUGGUAAUGUUGAAGGAAGUGAGGACCUUUGAGGAGUUAAAGGUCAUCUGCCAUGAGGCAGGUGGCCAUCUCCUGCAAGACUUUACCCAUACAAGUUUACAGGAAGUUGGUGGGGCUUUUCCUUCUUCUGGUAAGUUACUUCCUGAC